UUGUGUCAAUCCUGACUCUCUGUCUCUCCAGUCUUUACACGUCUCUCUCCCUCCCGCCUCGUGUCUAAUCAUGGGGGUCGUCAGUCUCCUGUUGUUGUCCGCUCUACUCUCGAGUCUGGCCUCGAUCGGCUAUGUGAUCCGAAAUCUAUGGUUUCACCCGCUAGCCCAAUAUCCAGGACCGCUUCUAUGGCGGGCCUUCCGUCUCCCCUUCCUGCUGGCGAUGAUGCAGGGGGAACUGCCGCAUCGGAUUCGGCGCUUGCACGAGCAAUACGGGGAUGUGGUCCGCGUGGCGCCCGAUGAACUGUCCUUCAUCGAUGCCGCAGCCUGGCGCGACAUCUACACCCGAGGCCGGGACUUCGUGCGCCCUGAUGAGUACAAAGACCAGCCGCCGGGCAAGACGGCAGCGAACUUGAUCGCCUGUUCAGAGACCAAACACGCGCAGUUCCGCCGGAUCCUGGCGCCCGGGUUCUCGGAGCGAUAUGCCGCAGAGCAGGAGCCGUUCGUCCAGUCGUACAUCGAUCGGUUGUUCGCCAAGCUGGACGAGCGCUUCGAUGUCGAUGUCGUGGAGUGGAUUAACUACCUCGCCUUUGAUAUCAUCGGUGACCUCACCUGGGGCUCCUCGUUUGGAUGUCUGGACGGACUCACGUACCACCCGUGGAUUCAGACAGUUAGUCAGUUUAAGGCGGCGAUUAUUGUCGGCGGGCUGAAAUUCUACCCAGCGGUGUAUUCGUUCCUCAUGGCCAUUACUCCUGCCUCGGCGUUGAACGAGGUCAUGGAGAUGUGGAAAGUCACGGAGCAACAAGUUCGCAAGCGCGUCGCGAGCGGAGUGACGCGACCUGAUCUGGUCGGUACGAUGCUUCAGAGUAGUAAAGCGACCGGGGGCGAGACUAUGAGCCCGGAAGAGAUGGAGGUCAAUGCAAUGAUGAUCGUGGCGGCAGGUAGCGAGUCUAUCACCACUGUUAUAACUGGCGUAAUCAACCAUCUGCUCCGGGACUCAAAGACCCAUCAGACUCUCGUGAACAUCCUUCGGAGUACGUUUAUCUCUGAGAAGGAAAUCACUGCCUCAGCGCUGAAGAAUAUCCCUUAUCUCAAUGGGGUCCUCAACGAGGGAAUGAGGCUCUGCCCGACCAUCCCGGACUCCAUGCGCCGAAGAGUCCCCGCCGCCGGAGCCAGCAUAGCAGGCCGGUUCGUUUCCGGAGGCAUGGUUGUGUCUGUUCCACCCUGGGCGACGUACCGCUCAUCUCGCAAUUUCACUCGCCCUAAUGAGUUUGCCCCGGAACGGUGGCUGGAUGGCGCCACUCGGAGUGACGAGUUCGAGGGUGACGUGAAAGCGGCCUUCAAUCCUUUCUCGCUGGGUCCGCAUAACUGUCCUGGACAGAACCUGGCAUGGUUGGAGCUACGCUUGAUUCUUGCACGGUUGCUCUGGAGGUAUGAUCUGUCCACGCCACCGGCGACGGAACUUCCUGAGUGGGAGUCCCAGGGAAUCUGGUGGUUCUGGGAUAAGAAGCCGGCCAUGGUGCGCUUCCAGCGGGUCAAUUAGUAUUCCUUAUUCUCAUGGUCGUGAAGAAAAGGCUUAUAGCUUAGUGGCUGCUGGAUCUAUUCCUUAUGGUCAUCGAGAAUUGAGAGCACGUGCUCUUCCCUUGCCCUAGGCUCCUGCCCAUUUCAACUACCUUGAAAGAUGCUCCGAUACAACGUCUUGUUUACCUACAAUUCAUUGGAAUCAAACAGUACAAGCUCUAAUUCAAAUGUGUGAUCGAGAAGGAUGCGAUACAAGGAGUUCAAAUCCCAAACCCAGGCAGGUAGCAAUUUUAUUAAUUAAUUUCGUACCAUACAGACUCCACAUUGUCUAGAGAAGAGGAUAACAAAACUUCGAGUAUCA